AUGUUCUUCAACUUUCUUGGAUUCUUGGUUCUCUUAAAUUGCAUCAUCCCGGGUCACUCUUUAUAUUCAGUAGCGUUUGAGUGUGGUAAACCGGCCAUUUAUUUAAACAAUGAGUUUUGGGUAACGGAUCUUACUCAGGAUUGCCUUGAAGAUGAAUUUUCGAUCUUGAAUUAUUGUAAGAAAGUGUACAGCGAAAGAAACAUAACCGCAGUUGUCGCCUCUCCUCCUAUUGACGUGGUACUGUCAGAUUGGUGUGAGUUCGAACAUAAAAAACUUGAUAAGUGUCGAAAAAUCAAUGGUGAACGACAUGAGAUUAGGCCAUUUAUAUGCCUUGAUAAUAUCCCGAUGUCCACAUUGGUUACUCCUGUUGGUUGUCAGUUAAGCAGCCUUGAUAAUGAUCGGAGUUACGUCUGUGAAAACUACAAGUUCUGGGAGAAUUCCACUCGAGAAGCUUGUCUUAGACACAACAUGCGAUUUCAGAGCUAUCUACCAUUCAAACCUUGUAUCAGUGAAAAAGAUUUUGGUUCUAUGUAUUUUGCGGCUGCUAAAGUAGUGUGUUGUAAAAAUCUUGGCUCUAAAUUCACAAAUUCUGCUUUCGUUAUGAAACCACUUACCAACCUUGGAAACAAGACCAGUUCAAUGUCCCAUAAACUCAAUCACUUGGGUAAUAAAUUAACUACCACCGAGAAUAAUACCUGGGAUAAUGACAAAACUGUCACUAGUUAUUUGUCAUCCACGAAACAAAAUUCUUCUGGUUUAUUAAUACCUGAGCGUGAACGUUAUAGUCAAGCUAAAUUAGCAUUGAUUAAUGACUUACACAAACGGGAAAAAGUGCUAGAGCAAGAAUUUUCAAGUGAAGAAUCACUGAUUUCACCUGAAGACUGGCUAAAUGAACCAAUCAGAAGUCAGCUCGAGGAGGACAGUUUAGUUCAAGAGUUUCGGAGUAAAUUUGUUAAAUUGGAAAAUCAGUCAGAACGAGAUCGGGAGACUUUGGAAACAACUCAUCAUCAGCGAGUUGAAGCUCAAAUGCUUGAACGCAGAAAUGCCAUGCAGACUGCAUGGGAAAAGGCUGUGAAUAUUGAAAAUCCAAAUAAUUUCACACUGUUUGAAACGCUAAAGCGUUUAUUCCGAGUUGUUGAACAUGACCGCAGUCACUAUGUUAAACGAUUCGAACAUUUACGUAAUAUGGAGCUACCUGAAGCUGCUCAACAAUUAGCAUCUAUUAAGGACAAAUCGGUUGAACUUGAUAUUUUGCUUAAUAAAAGUUUGGAAAAAAUAAAUCUGCAUCCAGAACUAAACUCAUCUUUGUUAACUUAUGCAAAUUAUCUUCGAAAUAACAAAUAUCGCAAUCUGGAAGCUCAGUCAAAAGCUCUUUUAGUCGCCGAUGUCACCUUACCAGAUAUGAUUAAAUUGCCUACAUUUCAAGAACAGGUAUCAUUAAAAGCUGAAAAGAUUAUAGCCAAGCAUCGUCAUCAUCUAGAACCGUUAUAUUUAGACAAGCUGACGACCAACAAAUUGAACAAAAGUCGGAUUAAGCCUCCUAAGAGACCUAAAAUGUUGACAGAUCAUCUUUUUGGAGGCAAUCAGAAUAAAAACUUUUCUAAUUCCCACCAAAUGAAAACUACAAUUAUUCCAACAGGUUACAACUUAGUCGAUAUUGAUGCGAAGUCAUUUUUAAGCACUGUGGAUUAUUCUUCAUCUCUAUCAUCAAAUCAAAAUCAACGUACACCUCAUAUGAAUAGUAAUGAAAUAACAGAAAAUAAAACAGCUGUUCAAUUUGGAUCAUAUCAGAAUAUAAGUGUUGCUAUGUUACAUUCUGAUCCAGCACUUAAUACAUCCAAUUCAUCUACUGUUGUUAAUUUAUCAACUCAAAUACAUGUUCAUAAAACAACUUAUAUUUUAUUAAUUCUUUUAGGAAUAAUUUUAUCCUUUAUUUGUUUAUUUAUUGUUUUACGUCGUUAUUUUGCUUCAAUUCGAUAUAAUCGUAAAGGUUAUACAUUAACUGUUGUAGAAGUUGAUGAAGUAAUAGCACCAAAAAUCAAUUCACCACAAUUUUUACCAAUUAAACAAAGUCGUCUAAGAAAUACUUCAAAAUCAAUAACAAAUCAUCAUCAUCAUAAUGAUUUAAUACAUAAUUGGCAAUUGAAUGGUUAUGAAAAUCCUGCAUAUAAAUUUAAUUCAAAUAAAACAGAUAGAUUUACUAAUACAAAUCGUUAUCAUCAUCUUGGAUUAUUUCAUCAAGAUAAUAGUUUUGAUGAUUUUGAAAUUUAA